AUGAGUACCUACAGGGUCCACUUGGGCCGGUACCUGCUCAACGUCUCCACGGCAGCAGAGCUGUGCAGCCAGAGGCUGUGCGGUUCCCACGGACGCUGCCUGCGUAGGCAGCCUGACACUGACGCCUACCUGCACCUCAGCCCCCUCACCCACAGCAUAGUCAGCCUGGAAAAAGGCAAAUUCAAGGUUCAAACUCUAGGUCAGCUUGGGGAAGAGGAGAUAAUGGGCUUUCAGAGAGAGUUUCAGUGCCAGUGCUAUAGUGGCUACCAGGGAGAGGGCUGUGGCCAGAGAGACCCCCUACAGCAAAGAGGUAUCGCAUCUUCAGUCAUGGGGACAUGGGUGCACUGUCUGCUUCUGCUACUCAUCACACUCCUGCUCUGACUGAUUGCAUACAUACACAGUUCAUACAGCUACAUUAAAAUGAUUUAAUGUGUACUGGUAUACACAUGACAUUAUCUACACACUUCCACAAAUGCACAAACAUUAUAAACAUACACUGGGGCAAAUGCAAAUGUAUUCACUGCGGCCCAGGUUGCUGAAAGGUUGGUGAAUCUAUGAUUAGAUGGUGGAACACUGUGGAACACAUACGUAGAGUUAUGGUUGUUUGUGUGUUUUGAUUUUCUUGAUACAUUGGAGGGCUUGCUGGAAAUAACUUUGUUUACAUUGCCCUCUCUCUCUCUUUCUCAGUUUCCUCCCCACAACCACUCCCCCUCUCCUCCCCCCCCCCCCCCUCUCCCCCCCCCCCCCCUCCCUCUCCUUUCCACAACCCCCUUUCCUUUUAAGUUGUAAUUUUCUCAUGAUCCCAAAGCUUAUGCUUUUGUGUGGUAGUUUUCAGCUUAUGAUGUAUGUAUGGGUUUGUGUUAUGUGUGUGUGCCAAAAUGGGACAGAUGCACUUGAUUUUUUGAAUAGCACAAAAUAGUACUUAGUGCCUGACCUUUGACAUUUUUAUCUUUAGGUAAAAGUUCAUAUUUAUAUGAAUGUAUUUUCAACAAAAAAAAGAAGCUUUUGUUAUUUUACGACAAAAAACAAGACUACUAUUUUCUCUCCAGAAUUGUGCGUCUCUUUUAUUGUGUACUGUGUUUCAAUCUCUCAAAAUAAAUCAAAGCUGUAACAACAUCCAAUACAAAUCUUGCAGAUGCAUCACUCUUGCUGAUCACUAGUGUUUCUCUUACCUAUACAACUGCCUCUCUCUCUCCUUUGUCCCCGGUGAAUCCAACAAUCACAAUGUACACAUAUGGGCUAUAGGCCUAGACCUAUAAUACAGGCUACUUUUGAGAGUGGAUUUGUCUGGCACAACAUGUUACUUAAAGCACUACCCCUUCCUCCCUAUAAUUGUCUGGUGGAGCCAGGCAAAAAUUAUUUCCAGCUCUUUUCAGCAAUACACGUUUCCAGGAAGCUGACACAUUACCGAACAUUAUGGAAAGACUGAAUUCUGAGGGCAAGUUUCCACAGAUCUAUAUAUCUUUUGAAAAACAGUUUAGGGUUUUUACAUCCAAAUUGGUGGGCUAUAGGCUACCCUCUGAUGUUGGGGUCAAAUAAAACGUUGUCUUAAUCAUUGCCUUACUGUAGCCUAGGCCACAACACCAUCUUUGAUUUAACGGCCCUCCUCUAACAUAAUUACAGGUUGCCUCUAGCCAAAAUUAUUUUUGGUCCUUUGAAGUCUUCAGCAAGAGUUCCUAAAGUUUUAUAGGCCUAUGUGUUUAGAUACAUUGCAGAUAACCAGGUCUGUUAAAACGUAAAUGCACGUAGCCUUUUUGUUUUAAUUAUCUAAUGAAUUCAUUCAUUCAAGACAGUGCAUUCUAUAGGCCCAUGCUGAGAGCAAUAGUUUCUAAUAAUGUAUAUAAUACACCACACCGCCAACCAUUCACGAGAUGAAUAGGCUACGGUGGUUUUUCUAAACAUAAAAUAUCUUGGUGGUCAGAUUUAGUUGAAUUUAGCAGUAAAUGUAACAAGUUAAAGGCCUAUAUUAUUAUUAUAAACAAUCUGCAUCGUGAAAAGUAAUGUAAAAUUGCUUAUAAUGCCAUUAAUACUCCCAGCUCUUAUUAUUUCUGGAAGAAAAAAAAUAUAUAUCUAAAGAACUUCGCAAACCACCUGCAGUACCCCCGCGGACCACAGGUUGACAACCACUGGGCUACAGUAAACUGUGCAUACCUUGGUUUGACAUUUCAAGAUCGCAAUUCGAUUCACAAAGGCGAUUCAGAGCGAAAUACAUUUGUUCCUGUAUCUUUAACAAAUGUUGACUGUAUGAGAGAACGUUCUGCCUCGUCCUCUUUUGAUUGGUGUUUGGAAACUCCCCUCCGCUGGUUGUUGAAGAUGCACUCGAUUUAGUUCGCGCGGUGCAAAUGGUGAUCCGAAUUUGCACUUUGUGCAAUCAAAAGAACAAAGUCCGACCCCAGGCAUCCCGGACGACCUAAAUCUAGCGCACCUACUUCAUUCUCCAGACGGUUUUCCUUCCUCUUUCUUCCUUUGAAAAGAGAAGUUGGGUAUCAGCAGAUAAUGCGACAGCAAUCACUUUUCUCCAUGGUCAAUUGACUUGUAAACCAACUAUUUGCCCACGAAACCGAUGAUAUGGGUAAGUAGAUUCAUAAGAAGCUGUUAUUGUGUGAUUUUGACCUAGCUAAGUAAUGUUUAUGCAGUGCAUAUUUGCAUUAGAUUCCCUUAGCACACUCAAAGUCAUGUGACCUACUUCCUCACAAUAAAAGUAGACUGGAGAACCUGAAUAAGUAUGUUCUGACCGUGUCUAUCAGGCACAUUGCUUUUAUUUAAAUGUGGCAAAAUAUGAUAUAAAAUGUUGUGUUUUUUCUCUGCAGGUAUAAAGUGCAUUUUCCCUGGGGCACUGAUUCUUUGUGUGAAUGUGGCCAGUAUUGUUCUUAGCAGUGAGCAUGAAGCAGGAGCAUCCCCCACACUGGCCCAGCUGCCCUUCCUCACUGUGUGGAAUGCCCCUACAGCCCAGUGUAAGAGCCGCUAUGGGGUGGACCUGGACCUGGGAGUGUUCAACAUAGUGAGGAAUCAGAACCAGAGCUUCAUGGGUGACAACAUCACCAUAUUCUAUAAUACAAAACUGGGUCUGUACCCAAGAUACAACCAAGGAGACGCAGUUAACGGCGGGGUGCCACAGAAUGCCAGCCUGCUGGAGCACCUGAGGGUUACCUCUGAGGACCUCCGGACCUACAUGCCCAAUAGAUACUUCCCAGGGCUGGCUGUGGUGGACUGGGAGAACUGGAGGCCACUGUGGGAGCGCAACUGGGAGGACAUGAGGGUUUACUGGGAGGGGUCCAGGGCCCUAGUGAGGGCCAAGCACCCAGGCUGGAGCCCUGCUCAGGUGGAGGUGGUGGCCCGCAAGGAGUUUGAGGAGGCAGCGCGGGCGUUCAUGGAGGGCACCCUAAGGUUGGGGGAGCAGGAGAGGCCCAAGGGAAUGUGGGGCUUUUAUGGUUUCCCCUCCUGCUAUAACUACUACAAAAACACAACAUAUAACUACACAGGGGAGUGUCCUCAGAUAGAGUUGAAGAGGAAUGAUGCACUGUUCUGGCUGUGGAAUGUCUCCUCUGCCCUCUACCCAGAUAUCUACCUGGAUCUGGGGAUGCGUGGUCUUGGCAACAGCAUCCUCCUCUACACACACCACCGUGUCAUGGAAGCCAUGAGGGUGGGCGCGCAGGUGACCCCCAUGGCCCCCCUUGUGUUUCCAUAUGCCCGCAUUGUCUACACUUACUCUCUGGAGUUCCUCUCUCAGGCAGGUGCCCCCCUGGUUCAGUGUGCUGUGUUGUACUGCAAAUCCCUAUCGUCUAUCAGUGCAAUAGUAUGAGUCUAAGACUGUUAUAGUACGUGAUACAUACUGAUCCCUGAUUGCUACUUUGUUAGGAGGUCCUGGUCCACACGAUUGGAGAGAGUGCUGCUUUAGGAUCUGCAGGGAUCGUACUGUGGGGAGACAAUGCCUACUCCAAAUCUAAGGUAUAUUACAACUUAGAAUUUGGUCCGUUCCCUGCAUAUGCAAAUAUACAUAAAUAAUGAUUAUUUGUGUUUUCCUGUUUUCCAGGCGAAUUGUGAGGCAGUCAAAGACUACCUGGAUAAAACCCUGGGCCGUUACCUGGUGAAUGUGACCACAGCAGCUACUCAGUGUAGCAAGACGGUGUGCUCCUCUCGGGGCCGAUGCCAGAGGAGAGACAAAGGCUCCCGUGCCUACCUCCACCUGGACCCCAGCGCCUGGACUGUGGUGCCUGAGAAGAGGCCAGAGGGGGGGCAGCACUACAGGGUGCAGGGCCAACUGAAGCCACGUGAGGCUGUGUACAUACAGACCCACUUCCAGUGCCAAUGCUAUCCUGGCUGGGGAGGUAAGCGCUGCUCCAAGCCCCUGUAG